UCCCGCCCCUCCUCGCCCACAAUGAAGUAGGGAGAGUCUUAGCCAAGAAGAGCUAAAUGUAUGAAGAUUUAUUUGGGAUUUACUCUCUAAUUUCAGGACAAAACCGGAAUACAUUACUAUUAAAUUGAAAUACGAAUAGUUUUUCUUCUCUACACUCGUCACGCACUGUUUUGGAGUGAACAGCAAGUAGUUUUUGUUAAUGCGAGUAGUUUUACUGUCGUUAAAGCGACCGUAAUGCGGCUCAGCGGCUAAUCCCUGCUUUUCAUUUAAACUAACUGGUUUCUACACGUUUGUUUUAGAGAACGCGGGGUUGAAGUUAUAAAUAUUUCCAAGGAUGACUGAGUACAAGUUGGUGGUGGUAGGAGCAGGAGGCGUUGGGAAAAGUGCACUCACUAUCCAGCUCAUUCAGAACCACUUUGUGGAUGAAUAUGACCCCACCAUUGAGGACUCGUACAGGAAGCAGGUGGUGAUCGAUGGUGAGACGUGUCUCCUGGACAUCCUGGACACUGCAGGUCAAGAGGAGUACAGUGCUAUGAGGGACCAGUACAUGAGGACUGGCGAGGGCUUCCUCUGUGUGUUCGCCAUCAAUAAUAUAAAGUCUUUCGAGGACGUGCAUCUCUACAGGGAGCAGAUAAACCGGGUGAAGGACAGUGACAAUGUUCCGAUGGUGUUGGUGGGGAAUAAAAGUGAUCUGAGCUCUCGCUCAGUGGAGACACGUCAAGCACAAGAGCUGGCUCGGGGAUAUGGCAUCCCAUUUGUCGAGACGUCCGCCAAAACGCGACAGGGUGUGGAGGAGGCUUUCUACUCUCUGGUUCGGGAGAUCAGGAGAUACAAGGAGACAAACCGCAGCAACAAGAAGAGCAAGAAACACCCACAGAGACGUUGCACUCUUUUAUAGCAAUACUUCUGCCCUCUCUUGCACUACAUUCCUGGAAUAGCACUGUGCACACACACACACACACACCUGCACACUCUGCUGUAGCAUUUCAACCCUUCUCCCUCCACUUAGAGCCAACUUAGGGUGAGGUCCCAAUCAGGAAGCUCAGAAACAGUGCCAUGGCUGCUAUAUGCUGUUUUUUUUUCUUCUUUGCAGUGGGUAUAUAUGGCUCGCCAAAUGCAGAGGUUCCUGCUUGGGGCUUUAAAUAUUGUAAAACUUUAGCAAGAUUCAUGAGUCAUUGGACUUGUUUGGAUAACUGUUAUCCCGCCAUGUCUGUGCUCUGACUAUGGCCACUGAUUUCUGAAAUUGUGACUUUUUGUAGCAUUCACGUACUUCAAAAUCUCCAGCUCACCUCAACUUUUAAACACCGUGACUCUCAGUACAAGUGUUAAUGUUCUCAGCUGAGCUAGUGCCCUACCUGUAACCACUAUGAAUUUGUGCUUGAAAGGUAGCUAUGCAGUGUCAUACGCCACCCCCCACCACCACCACCACCACCACCGAGUCAAGUUCAAGCUGCUCUCUCUCUCUCUCUCUCUCUCUCUCUCUCUCCCUCCCUCUUUCUCCCUACACAAGCACUGCUCUCUCCUGUGUUCGUACACCACUGCCGUCUCUGCCUCAUUCACAGGUCUUCUAUACUGCGAACAAGGCUAGAGAAAUGAUUGUAUUCCCUCACUUUCAUUGUUAUAAAGGAAGAAAUAAUGCAGGAUACAUUUUAUUUUUAAGCAGGCCCACAUUGGGGUCUGAACACCUCUGAUACAUUCCUGUUGUCAUAGCGAUGAGACAGCCUUAGGAGUUUAAUGGGAUUUUGUUAAUUAAAAGGAUUUUGGCUAAAA